CUGACAAUGAAGCUUAAAGAGUUAGAAAGCUGUCUACAGCAGGUUGACACGUUUGAAGAGCCAAAAAUCCUUCUUGAGCAGUACCCGACAAGCCCUCACAUUGCUGCAUGCAUGCUUUACACAAUCAACAGCACGUUUGAUGACAUUGAGGGCAAAUUAGUAGCAGAUCUGGGAUGCGGCUGUGGGGUCCUCAGCAUCGGUGCUGCGAUGCUCGACGCCGGACUGUGCGUCGGCUUUGACAUUGACGAUGACGCGCUGGACAUUUAUAGAAGAAACGCAGAGGAGUUUGAGAUCUCUAACGUAGAUCUGGUCCAGUGUGACUUGUGUUGCCUGGAAGUAGAGGCAUAUGCCCAAAAGUUUGACACCGUUAUAAUGAACCCGCCUUUUGGCACAAAACAUAAUCAAGGUAUUGAUAUGAAGUUCCUCAGAGCAGGUUUAACAAUGGCAAAGACAGCUGUGUACUCACUUCAUAAAACAUCCACAAGAGAGCACAUACAAAAGAAAGCCAAAGACUGGGGGGUAAAGAUGGAAAUCAUCGCAGAACUACGAUACGACUUACCAGCAUCAUACAAGUUUCACAAGAAGAAAUCAGUGGAUAUCGAGGUGGACUUCAUACGCUUCUCCAAAACCUGA